GGAAGAAAGUUACGUUUGUGACUGGCAGGACUAUGUUUUGGAUUGGGAAGUUGUUUGUGGUGGUGAGUCACACGCAAUGCAUUAUAUUACUAUUACUAUCGAAUUCGAGAGUGUGGUAAGGUAAGUAAAGAAUAUAUUGAAACAAAAAAAAAGGAUGGGAAAGGCAAAAGAAGCGGUUGUGGUUGCAGGAGCCUUAGCAUUUGUCUGGCUCGCUAUUGAACUCGCUUUCAAACCCUUCCUUUCUCAGACACGUGAUUCCAUCGACAAAUCCGACCCGACCCGUGAUCCCGACGACGUUCCUGCUUCUGCUGCCGCCGCCGUUGCUCCUGAAACUGAUGCCGGAGAUGCCACCGCAGCUGCAGACGCCUAAUUUCAGCGCAGACAUGUAGCUGGUGUUUUUUUUUUAUUGCAUUUUGUAUUUUGUUCAAGUGAAAUAAUAUUAGCUGUAUUUUCUCUUCUGUUUUGUGGAAUACUGUGUAAUUUUAGGGUUAAGAUUAUUAUUGAUUCUCGUUAUGUAUUUUGGUACUUGUCUUUUUAGUUAUUACAAUUUGCAAUCAUGUUAUAAAAAUAACAAAGUUUGUGAAA